GUGGGUGGCCUCCUCCCCGUGGGCGGGGCUAGGUCGAUAGGCGGGGUUAUUUCUUGGGAGCAGACCUGACUAUCUUCUUCCCGGAACUUCUCCAACGGUGUUCGUGUAGGUGGCGGCACCAGGAGCUUGAGUGGCGCCACACGGAUACCCAAGACAAUGGCCAAGAAUAAAUUAAGAGGGCAGAAGUCCAAGAAUGUAUUUCAGAUAGCCAACCAAAAAACCUUUAAGUCUAAAAAUAAAGCAAAACCAGUUACCACUAAUCUUAAGAAGAUAAACAUUGUGAAUGAUGAAAAGAUUCGCAGAAUGAAUAAUGCUUUUGUAAACAUUCAGAAGGAACUUGCACACUUCUCAAAAAAGCUUACUCUUGAACCUCGGCACAAAGUGCGGGUUAAUCGGCAGCAUCCUGAAAAUGAACCAGUUAAUGUUGAUGAAGCUGCAAGAUUAAUGGCUCAAUUGUAAUACAGUGGAGAUGUUUCAAAUUCCACAAAGUAUUCCCAAAAAUCAAUAAAAUACAUAUUUUAUACAA